UUUCAGCGAAAAAUGCCAUGUGGAGGAAAGAAAGCACACGAUUUCCAACAAGGCACGUAAACGUCCCGGAACGGAUUUGGAUCAAAUCCAUGAGGAUUUAAAGCCUGAGAAGGCCGCCAAGCUUCUCCAGAAAGAGGUUUUUAGAUUUGUUAUUGUCACAAGUUCCGCAAUUUCGUCCACGGUUCUAUUUUGAAGGUUUUAAUCAAUUUCUUGCAAAAUAAUCAAAUUUUGGCUGGAAAAUUGGUGAAAAUCAGUUAAAAUCAAACCGUGUGGGCGAAUUUACGGGCAAUUCUACUGCAUCGAGUGUGAGAGGCAUUUCGUCGACGAGAAGACGCGACAGCUUCAUCGCAAGACGAAAUUGCACAAGAACCGAGUGAAGACGCUGAAAGAGUCCAUAGGCAGAAGCCAACGCAGCCGGUGGCUCAGGAUUCUUCCCGGCAAAUCACUUUGAAAACACGAGUCGAACUUCCCAAGCAGCCGGAGAUUCCUGUUGUGACAGAUGCUUGAGCAAUGCUGGGAAUACUUUUUUCUUAAUCUCCAGAAACUCACAAUGGACUCGGAUUUCUCGACAGAUCUCGGCCUCGACUUUCUGGAUCACGUAGAAGUCGUGAUGGCGAUAGAGGAAGAGUUUGGAUUUGAGAUUCCGGACGGAGAUGCGGAUCGCUUCAAGACGCCACGUGACAUCCUCCAGUACAUCGCCGACAAGACUCGGCCUCCCGCCGUCUACUAUGAGAAUUUCUCGAAUGCUCCUCGAAAACGUGGUCGAACUGUCGGAUCACGAAAUCGGAAGGAGGGAGACACCACAAUUCCAAAGCAGCAGCGGAAACGGAAUCCACAGCAGGGGAUACUAUAAAUUAACUAGUACGAUUGAAACUUUCAAUCAUUCGAUUUCACAAUGAAGUUUCUUAUUUUACUCUUAGCUGUAUUGGCAAUUGUCACAGCAAAACCGCACCCUGGAUAUGGACGACCUAGUUACGGAGGAGGUGACUUUGGUGGAGGUGGUGGUCAAUGGGGAUCCCAAUCAUCAUCGUUCCAGCAGAAUCAAAUGUCCGGUGGUUUUCAGAAUGGCGGCGGAUUUGGUGGAGGAAUGGGUGGCGGAAGCGGUGGAUACGGCUAUGGAAAAUAAUUGAUUUUGACAACAGUUUUCAGUAUAAACUUCAGCUUGAAUAAAAUGAGUUUAUAUGUA